AAGUGAAUAGAAAAUGUUUUUUUUUUUAUCAUUUCAAUUUUACCCAUUUUUUGUGCAAGAUGGGCUAAGGUUAAUUUCCAAUUGUCUGAGCAAUGUGUAUUCAGUUUGAAAUAAAAGCUGAUCAAAGAUUCAACCGGACGUCUUCUGUGCCAUAAAAAGUAGACAAGGGAAAAUCCUGACUUAAGUUUGUUUACCAAAACUUUAAUUUGACUAGCAGAGCAAGAGGGGAGAGUGAGUCAAACAUUCCCUGCUGACGUUACCAGAAGGGGAGGGAUGAUUAAGAAAACGUUAAAUUAGCAGUACAGCGCUGGCAGAUCAGAGGAGCUGUGGACGUGUGAAGAUGGAGAACAAGGAGAGAGGUGAACUCUGCUUCCCACAACAUCUCAACACCUCCUGCAGAAAGCCGAGACCCGCCUGGUCUGAGGGCGUCGUCCUGAACGUCACUUUAUUCAUCUCUCUGCUGACUGUCAUGCUCAACUUGCUCAUCAUCAUCUCUGUCUCCCAUUUCAGGCAGCUCCACACUCCCACUAACGUCUUCAUCCUCUCUCUGGCUGUGUCAGACUUCCUGGUCGGCCUCCUGCUGAUGCCUUUGGAAAUCUUCAGGAACACAACCUGCUGGUUCCUCGGGGACGUCGCGUGUGUCCUCUACAGUUACCUGAUUACUCACGUUGUCUCCGCUUCAGUCGGAAAUAUUAUCAUUAUAUCAGCUGACCGCUACGUGGCCAUUUGUGAUCCUCUGCACUACCCCACCAGGAUCACUUUAGCCAGAGCCAAGUGCUGCGUCGGUCUCUGCUGGCUCCUGUACGGCACCUACAGCGUCUUCUACUUAAAAGACGAGCUGGUUCACCUCGGCAGGGCUAACUCCUGCGUCGGACAGUGCGCCAUUGUGGUCAACGCUGUAACGGGCACUGUUGAUCUAAUUUUGAAUUUUAUAUUUCCGGUCACAGUCAUCGUGGUGCUGUACGUGAGAGUGUUCGUGGUGGCCGUGUCCCAGGCCCGUGCCAUGCGCUCCAACGCCACUGCCGUGACCAUGCGGCUGUCGGUGGGCCUGAAGUCGAAGAAGUCGGAGCUGAAAGCAGCCAGGACCCUUGGAGUUGUUGUCUUUGUGUAUCUAAUGUGUUACUGUCCGUUUUAUGGUUACGUUCUUGUCAUAGUGAACCUGCCUAACACUCCCUCUGUGCCUUUUCUGUUCUUUCUCUUCUACUUUAACUCUUGCAUGAACCCCAUGAUCUACGCCUUGUUCUACUCCUGGUUCAGGAAAGCGAUCAAGCUCAUUGUCACACUGCAAAUCCUGCAGCCCGGAUCCUGUCAGGCCAACGUACUGCAGUGA